AUGGAAGUGUACGUGGAUGACAUGCUGGUCAAAUCCAAGAAAGCAAACGAUCAUGUGUCUCACUUGUCAGACAUGUUCGAGAUCCUAAGAAGAUACAUGAUGAAGCUCAACCCCCAAAAGUGUGUGUUCGGAGUUGAGUCAGGAAAAUUCCUCGGUUUCAUGGUCAACCACAGAGGUAUCGAGGCCAACCCCACGAAGAUCAAAGCCUUGAUGGAUAUGAAGUCCCCAACUAAUGUCAAAUUUGUGUCCAAGUCCUCAGAAAAAUAUAAGGAGUUCUUCAAAGCCAUCAAGGGCGCGUCCAAGGACUUUGAAUGGACAGUAGAAUGUGAAGACGCUUUUGUGAAAUUCAAGAAACACUUGGGCGAGCCACCCCUCUUAGCCAAGCCUCACGAAGGUGAAACGCUCAUACUCUACCUAGCCGUUUCAGACUAUUCCAUUAGCGCCGUGUUAGUAAAGGAGGAUGCGGAAGGUCAAUCCCCAGUCUAUUAUGUGAGUAAAAGGUUGUUGGACGCAGAGACUCUUUACACGAGUAUGGAGAAGUUGGUGUACGCGCUGGUACAUGCAUCCCGAAAGCUACGACCUUACUUUCAAGCACACAAGAUAGAGGUCAGAACCGCGUACCCUCUUCGACAGAUCAUGAACAAGCCAGAAGUCACAGGUAGAAUGAUGAAAUGGGCGGUCGAGUUAGGACUAUUCGACCUUGACUAUAAACCGAGAAUGGCCAUCAAGGGGCAGGCCCUAGCAGACUUUAUCUUGGAAUUCCUAGAAGAUGGUGAGAACUCUGGCCUGUUAAUCAAAUAUGACCCUGACCUCCCGUCACAACCAGGCGCCCCCGAAGAAGGUAUUCCUGAGCUAUGGUGGGUAUUGCACACCGACGGGGCGGUAAACAACGAUGGGGCAGGUGCAGGUAUAGUAUUGGUGAGCCCCGAAGGACAUAGGCUCUUGAAUGCGAUUCACUUUACCUUCCAACUAUCUAACAGCGAUACGGAAUAUGAGGCGUUGGUUAGAGGCUUGAAACUGGCUCUUGAGAUGAAGGUGAGACGUCUCGUGGUAAAGCUUGACUCAAUGUUGGUGGUGGAGCACAUCAAAGGGGGAUAUCAAGCUAAGGGACCUAAGACGGCUAUGUAUCUUAAGUGCGUCCAGAGGUUGCUAGACCAGUUCGAGGAGGUGCAAGUGAAUAGGGUACCUCGGGAAUUCAACGGAGACGCUGACGCCUUAGCGAAGUUAGGAUCUCAGAAAGACGCAGUCCUGUUAGGAGUGAUUCGCUUGGAAAUCCAGGAGACACCUAGUAUCCCAGAGUUAGAUGUCAUGGAAGUGGAAGAUGACGCUAAGGGUCCAACAUGGAUGACCCCGAUAUGGGAGUUCAUCAAAGAGGGAAAAUUACCCGAAGAUAAAGCUGAAGCACGGAGGCUAAGAUACAAAGCAGCCAGGUAUGUGGAAUACGAUGGCAAACUAUAUAAGAGGGGCUUCAACCAACCAUUGUUGAAAUGUAUAGACGGUGACGAGUGCACCUAUGUGAUGAGGGAGGUCGACGAAGGCAUAUGUGGGAUUCACUCGGGAGGUAACUCGUUAGCUAUGAAGAUUCUAAGACAUGGGUAUUAUUGGCGUACCUUAAGGAGCGAUGCUUUCGACUUUGCCAGAGCAUGUGACAAGUGCCAACGAUUCGCCAACUUUACCUAUAACCCAGCAACAUCCCUAACCAACAUGACCAGUCCUUGGCCUUUUGCCAUGUGGGGGAUAGACUUGAUUGGGGAGCUCCCUCAAGCCAAGGGAGGCGUGAAGUAUGCGGUGGUAGCCGUGGAUUUCUUUACCAAGUGGGCGGAGGCCGCGCCCUUAGCCACCAUCACAGCCAAAAAGAUCAAAGAUUUUGUUUUUAACUCUAUUUUUUGCAGGUUUGGAAUCCCUUACAAGCUGAUUUUGGACAACGGAAAGCAAUUCGACAGCAAGGAGCUCAGGGGCCUUUGCGACGACCUCGGCAUUAAGAAAGACUUCGCAGCGGUGUACCACCCUCAGAGCAACGGACAGACGGAGGCGGUAAACAAAAUCAUAAAACACACUUUGAAGACAAAGCUGGAGGAUAGCAAGGGAAAUUGGCCAGAGGAGCUCCCUAUGGUGCUAUGGUCUUACAACACAACUCCUAGGACUAUGACUAGCGAGUCGCCGUUUGUGCUAACUUAUGGAUGCGAGGCCAUGGUUCCAAUAGAGGUCGGAGCUGGAUCACUCAGAAGGGAUUACUUUGAGAAACUAGACAACGACGUCAACCAAAGACUCUACUUGGACAUGAUCGAGGAAAUUAGAGCUACAUCACAGCUACGACUAGCCGCUUAUCAGCAAAGGACGGCAAGGUAUUACAACAGCAAAGUGAAGGCUCAUCCGUUCCAAGUGGGGGAUCUUGUUCUCAGGAAAGUGGUACUCAACAACAAAAACCCUUUGCAUGGAGUCUUUGGUGCUAAUUGGGAAGGCCCUUACAGGGUAAAAGUCAUACUAUGGAAAGGAACCUACAGGUUGGGAGACCUAGGUGGAAAACCUGUUCCGCGCCCUUGGAACGCGGAACACCUAAAGAAAUACUACCAGUAG